UCAAAUCUUGACAUGUGGUAACUUGACUUCCUGGUAACACUGGUAUAAAUUGAAUGGCGGCAGAUUGAACCCACUCACAAAUCUUUGUGUUGGAACGUGGAACUUCUAUUAUAAUGAGGCUCCUUCUUCCACUCGCUUUGGUAGUGAUGGCCGUUUGCUGCUUGUCCUUCGCUGACGGCGCCUCUUCGGACGACAAAGGAACUACUAGCGGAUCAGGCACUGGUACUGGGACUGGUACUGGGACUGGGACUGGUACUGGUACUGGAACGGGUACUAGUACUGUCACCUCAACAUCGACCACAGCUCCGUCAACCAGCACUACAACCACCAAGGCUCCGUCCGCGACCCACAAAAGGAAACAUCGACGCAGGCAUCGAAUCCUUAGGAGAAUUCGCCGCAGGCGCGCAGAAGCCGAGAGAAGGCGUCGAAGAGGCUGACCUAUAAUGAGUUUUUAUGAAGUUUAUUACAAAUUUUUAUCAAUUGAAAAGCUCGAAAAAUGAAUCGAAUGCCAAAUAUAAACUUUAAGGAUAUAUAAAAAGCUUUCACAUUACUGUUUCCCAGGAAAAUGUGCUAAGAUAAUUACUAUCCAUAGCCACAGAAUCUAAAAACCAGUGAUUGAUCAUAGUAGGUGGUAACCCAACGGAAAGUUGUCAAAGUAGCAGUUCCUGGCAAAAAAUUAGAAACUCCGAUUGUUGAAUUACACAAGGCACUUUUGGAACAAAAGGUAAUAUAGAACUGUAUGAUGUUGAAG